GGAGAUGUUGACCUACCUUGAUACAAUGGCCACACCAAGAUUUACAGCUCAUGGUCGCGAGGUUUCAAGCUCCCAGCCCAUGCAUCCUUAUGCUUUUCACGGUCCUUUUUGAAAUGGGGACACCUGCCAAGAGCAUCGGACCUGUGACAUAGAGAUGUCGGACCUGCGUGUGGAACUGGUUGGAGCUAUUGAUGUCGGGAAGAACCUAUGCCCAGUACGACAACUAAACGGCCAUGUUCAGCGAUUGAAUCCAUAUCACACAGGUGGUCAGCUGUUGAUAUGGACAGAAGAGCGCCGUGAAGUGGCAAUUCCCAGCUUGAACCUGUUGUUCAGCGGCGACAACAAGGCUGACGCUUGUCAAAAAUGCUUGGACAAUGGAGGCCCUAGGCGAGGAGUUCCAGAGCUUUUGCCAUCAGGAAGGAAAAGGAAACUUGAGGACUUCAAAGCAGAACGCAAGCAGAAUUCCACGGCCAACCAGUCAAAGCGGAAGGGGGAAAGGCAACAAAAGGUGUCUUCUUCGUUUUGAUCAGCGGUCUUAUCGGUGUACAGCCCAGGUGCUGUUCAGUCGCUUUCAGCAAUCACUUGCAGUGCUUUGUUUCGAGCGAUUUGCCAGCGCAUAGAGUCUAGUCUAGUGGUUGACUCAUGCGUGCUUGAGCUGAAAAGUGUGGAU